GCUGAGGCCGGGGCCGGGGCUGCGAGGCCCGUGGGGCGACAGGCGGCGGCGGUCCGGGGCUCGAGCCCGGAGGCGGGAGCGGCCGCCAUGGCCGAGAGCAUCAUAAUUCGUGUUCAGUCUCCGGAUGGGGUGAAGCGGAUCACAGCAACGAAGAGGGAAACGGCUGCAACAUUUUUGAAAAAGGUCGCAAAGGAGUUUGGCUUCCAGAAUAAUGGCUUCUCAGUUUACAUCAAUAGAAACAAGACUGGAGAGAUAACAGCAUCAUCCAACAAAUCCCUCAACCUGCUGAAAAUCAAGCAUGGCGAUUUGUUGUUCCUGUUUCCCUCGAGCCUUGCUGGACCCUCAUCUGAAAUGGAGACAUCGACCCCACUGGGGUUAAAGGUCUUUGGUGCUCCUAAUGUGGUGGAAGAUGAGAUCGACCAGUACCUCAGCAAACAGGACGGGAAGAUUUACAGAAGCCGAGACCCACAGCUAUGCCGACAUGGUCCUCUGGGGAAAUGUGUGCACUGCGUUCCUCUAGAGCCAUUCGAUGAGGACUACCUAAACCAUCUUGAACCUCCCGUGAAGCACAUGUCCUUCCACGCCUACAUCCGAAAGUUGACUGGAGGGGCCGACAAGGGGAAAUUUGUUGCCCUGGAGAACAUCAGUUGCAAGAUUAAAUCAGGGUGUGAGGGACAUCUUCCGUGGCCUAACGGCAUCUGUACUAAGUGCCAGCCAAGUGCCAUCACGCUGAACAGACAGAAAUACAGACAUGUGGACAAUAUUAUGUUUGAGAAUCACACAGUUGCCGAUCGCUUCCUUGACUUCUGGAGGAAGACAGGGAACCAGCAUUUCGGGUACUUGUAUGGCCGGUAUACGGAGCACAAAGACAUUCCUCUCGGCAUCAGGGCUGAAGUAGCUGCAAUUUACGAACCUCCUCAGAUUGGUACACAGAACAGCUUGGAGCUUCUUGCAGACCCAAAAGCCGAAGUGGUUGAUGAAAUUGCUGCCAAACUCGGCCUGAGGAAGGUUGGUUGGAUAUUUACAGACCUUGUCUCGGAAGACACCCGAAAGGGUACAGUUCGAUACAGUCGAAAUAAGGACACGUAUUUCCUGAGUUCGGAAGAAUGUAUCACUGCAGGAGACUUCCAAAAUAAGCAUCCCAAUAUAUGUCGACUCUCUCCAGACGGACAUUUUGGCUCCAAGUUUGUUACUGCAGUGGCUACAGGUGGUCCCGACAAUCAGGUCCACUUUGAAGGGUACCAGGUGUCUAAUCAGUGCAUGGCGCUGGUCCGUGAUGAGUGCCUGCUGCCGUGCAAGGACGCCCCUGAGCUCGGCUACGCCAAGGAGUCCAGCAGCGAGCAGUAUGUGCCUGAUGUGUUUUAUAAGGACAUAGACAAGUUUGGCAACGAGAUCACACAGUUGGCCCGCCCCCUGCCUGUGGAGUAUCUGAUCAUAGACAUCACAACAACUUUCCCCAAGGAUCCAGUUUAUACUUUUUCUAUUUCGCAAAAUCCAUUUCCUAUUGAAAACCGAGAUGUAUUGGGUGAGACACAGGACUUCCAUAGUUUGGCUACCUAUUUGUCCCAGAAUACCUCAUCUGUGUUCUUGGAUACCAUCUCGGAUUUCCACCUCCUGCUGUUUCUGGUCACCAAUGAAGUCAUGCCUCUGCAGGACAGCAUCAGCUUGCUGCUAGAGGCCGUGAGGACCAGAAAUGAGGAGCUUGCCCAGACGUGGAAGAAGUCUGAGCAGUGGGCCACCAUCGAGCAGCUCUGCAGCACAGUUGGUGUGCAGCUUCCGGGCCUCCACGAGUAUGGAGCCAUUGGGGGCUCCACGCACGCCACCACGGCCGCCAUGUGGGCCUGUCAGCACUGCACCUUCAUGAACCAGCCAGGCACUGGCCACUGCGAGAUGUGCAGCCUCCCCAGGACCUAGGGCUCCCGGCCCCUGCUGGCAGGACUGGGUCCACCCCAGCCCUCUCUGAAGUCAGGAUCGUUGUUACUGUGCCCCACAGCUGGCAGCCUUGAAGGGCGGGGCGGGGGUGGCUGCCCUGGGGUCUGUGACCGACAAAGCUUCUUAGCACCAGACUUCCCUGGAGGGAGGGAGCCAGGCUGGUGCUCUGCAGGCUGAAACCAGUCUGCUAGGCCCGGACGCCUGGCACGCCUACCUGGUUACCAGCCCCCACUGUGGUGGAAGGACUGGGUACCUCUAAAUCAUCACCUGGGAUUGGAGGGGCGGGGACAGCUUGUUGCUGCCAUCCAGCAUUCUCUUUCCUUCCUCUUGGAUGCUUUUUGUUCUUGCCUCUCCCGUGUUUUUGGUUGGGAGCUCUUGAUGGCCUCUGUACCCUAUUGCUCUGGGGCAGACCCUGCCUGUGAGGGCCACUUCUUCCCCUUCCAGUAGCCAUUGUCUGGUGGGAACUCAAGUGGCCACGGGCUCACCGGCCUCCUGUCUGCUUGAUCUGCAGGUUAAUUGCUGCCCACCCUUUUUCUUGCUCUCACUCAACAUCCAGGUGGGAUUUUAAAGUCUGCAUUGGUUGUAAUAAUAGUUAUCAGUAAUUCCUGCCCAGAAGACUUUUAUUUAUUUUUUUUUAAGAUAAAAACUGCAUAAAAGGGGAGUGAGAGAGACUAGUUUCCAGUUCCUUCCCUCCUUUAGUGAGUCCUUGUGGGUGUGUGCAGAGUGGGUGAAUGUGGACAGGGGACCCCCAGUCAUUUCUCCUUGGAAGUAAACCUCAGUGCCUGAGACUUUUCUGCCAAGCUGCACAGCUGCAACAGCUGCAGACACGGGCAGUCCGAGCAGGAGGGCAGUGGUGGCUCACGCCAAGUAGGUAGCCCCUACAGACAGCCAACACUGCUGACUGGGCUUGCAUGGGGUGAGCUGGGUUGCUCGGGACUGGAAGCUCUGGUCUCCUUCGCCCUGUACACCAUCCCUUCCCGUUGCCCCACCCAGCCCCUGGCCUUUGGCACAGUGAUGAGGCCAUUGAGACAGGCCUGGGUGAGGGAGUAGGGGCUUGGCCUGUCAUGAGGGCUGUGUGGCAUUGCUGUGGGGGCAUCGGACAGUUGAUACUAUGCUGACGGUGUGAGGUCCGGGCCAUCCCAGGACAGAGGUCGUGGUUGGACCUUACACAUGUGCUCUGGGGUCCCCACAUUUCCUCUGUGGCCAGGCUAUGGUCUGGCCCUUCCCCAGGGAGUUGUGGGCAUCCUGAUGCCUCUUUGCCUUAACGAGAGCCGUAUCUUUGAGAUGUAAGGCGCCCACCAGGGAGGCCAGCCCAGACACAGACUGUGCUUGGGGACUUCAUGUCUCUGGUCUGGGGGUGGGGUGCAGGCCUGUGUGACCCUCCCUUACCCUUGGCACUGUGGACAGAGAAUACUUGCGUGUUGGUUUCUCCUGUGGUGAAGGCCGUGCCUGGCACCUUCAGGUCCACCUGGUGUGGGACACCAAAUGAAAAACAUAGAAUGUCUGCUCUUAGGGCCAGGAGCCCGUUGGUUUGGGUCUCACUGCGGCAGAGCUGUCUGUUCUGGAGGGGCAGGAGAGGUGCAGAGCUGCCGGUGUGUGUCUCCCCAGCUUAUCUGCGGCUGCCUGCGAGACUGCCUGGUCCUGCUCCUAACAGCUGUGCUGCUGGAGCUCUGGCCUCUGUGUCGCCUGGGCCCUGCGAUCAGAUGUGAGGUUGCAGAUGGCCUGUGUCUGCAGGCCCUGUGCUUAGACUCUGUGUCUCCCAGCGUUGGCGUAGGGUCAGAGAGUGCAGAUUUCUGAGACCCCGCCGCCCCCACCCCUAGUUCCUCCUCUGCUUGCUCUCUCACCUUGAUCCACCAAGCUGGUUUCCUUUUCUCUUCAACCAGUUUUCUCCUCACUCUGAAGUUCUGGCAUCUGCAUAAUUCCAUUUAUUUCCUUUUGUCUUUUAGCUAAAGAAAAAGCAUUGUGAUUUCUCUGCUUCUGAGUCACUCUUUGUUCAGUAAUGCACUUUAUUUUAUUGUCCAAGGAGAGUCAGAGCUCAGUGAAAGGGUGUGGAGGGUGCCCUGCUGGAGGGCUCAGGCCCAGGCAGCUCAGCCACCUCCUCUCACACAGGGGAAGGGGUCCCCAGCCCCACCUGCAUCCUACCUGCCCUCAUGUGGACACCCCUCUCAUGCUACCAGGCACUGUAACCCAGUGAGGGGUGAUUGAGUGCACACCUGCCCAGGUGAUCGUAGCCGGCUGCCUUGGCUUCCUCCCACCAGUCUGCCCCUGGUGCUCCCGCUUCGGCUCCGCUUGGGACUCGAAGGUGUGUUUCAGUUGGGUUUGCGUUAACGUUACCUGGACUCCAGCCGUGCAGUGGAACUAAUAAAAGCACCUGAAGCGAC